ACAAAACCACAAAAGAAUUUCGAAAAAAUUUCCUUGAGACAAAAAAAAAAGUCCGAACGCAUUAAAUGAAUCACGCAAAACGUAGCCUGGGCGUAGCGAGUUAGUUCGGCUUUAUUUGUCGUCCGUGAAUUAUUUUCCUUAGGAAAACAAGACGCCCUCGGUUUAAUUUGAUUACUCGCCACGGGGGCUGUGGCGGCGCUGCUGUCGCUUCCCGAACUCCUUCCGCCGCCAACCCCGCACCAUGAACAGGUGUUGGGAGUUGGAGUGGGGUUGCUGGGAGCGGUGAUGGGGAGCAGCCUGCCCAUGGAGUGGGAUGAGUGGGAUUGUGAUUGUGGAGGCCAGUCCCCCCCUGUCUUUGACCUACCCCCGCCCCCACCUCCUCCCGACCUAUACGCUGCGAUGCUGCACGCCGUGCCCACGUCCUCGGGGCAGGACUCGUGGUCUGGGGACUGUCCUGCGCUGUGGACGUGUCCAGCGCUGCUGGGGGCGAGGGGGGAGCCAGCGCCCUCCAACUCCCGUCUGCCCGUCACCCUCGUCGUCGCCACCGCCAUCAGCCUCGUCAUCCUCGUCAUCAUCAUCGCUGCGGUUGUCUACAGGUUCAGAAUCACCAGAUGUCGGACGGCCAAGAACUGCACCGAGAUGAACGGCGGGAUCGUUUACGAAGACCUGCCCUCAGCCCCUCCCCUGCUGAUCACCCCCAGGGGGAGAACCGGCUCCCGGUACAAGCCCCCCCUGCUACACCAGCACCAGCUGCGCCACCACCUGGCAGAGCGCAGCCUGCACGUGUACACCCCUGAGCCCCACCAGCUCACCACCUUAGGGCAUCACAGAUACCACAGCAUAUCCUCAGGAGGGACGGAAACUUGUAGUUGCAGCAUUAGCGAGACCCCGAGCUGUGCCUUGCUUCCUCAUGCACCCAGCUCUGACACGUCGUCCGCUGCUCCACGUCCUCUGCUCUCAAGCGACGAUGAUACCCCAACACCAUCACCUUACCACUACUAUGCUGGCCAACGACGACCUUCUAAUUCUACACUGUAUGAAAGUUUGUAUUAUACUGGCAGCGCGAGCAGCAGUCGGUCUUCCAACUCGCAUUCAAGAGCGCUGCCGCCGCUACCGUCACGAUCUGAUCGCUUUAGGAUUUAUUUCUCUAACGACCGGCGCGCGACAGGAGGCGGGGCGACGCGAGGUAGCGCGAGGCGGCAACCGCAUCAACGGCCUUCGCAUGAAGCUGUGUUCGUUGCACCGCCUCCUCCUGAAAUAGAACCGCUUUAUGAAAACAUGUGAUCUAUCGUCGAGUUACGUGCGAAAGUGAAUUGUUGUUUGUUAUACUUAUCGGUGGCGAAUGUUUACGCGAGACCAGCUUAACUUAUUAGAACCCGCGAGGGAUUUGUGAACACUGGGAAGAAGCAGGUGCCGAGCUCGUUCUGAGGUAAUGAAUUGUUCUGUCAGAGCGACCAGUUGAGUUAAAUUUAAUGGGACUUCUAUGCACGAUUUACAGCUCUGUUUCCAUCGUAAUGUCCUCAUACCAUGCGCAAGAUUAAAACAACGCUCUGAGUCUGCUCACAUGUGGCUCUCGCUUCGUGCUGCCGAUGAUUAGGCAGGACGCAUGUUAUGGCUUCAUGAUCAUUUAAUAAUAUUUAUUCAAUCGGAACAUGGGGUCGUUUAGAAGCAUAAAUAACUCAAGGAAGAGCAAGAAUUUGUUGAAUGUAUGUAUGAAUGUUUUAAACUUUUCUAAUGGAUUCAAAUUUUUAAUUUGUUUUGAUUGGUAUCAUAUUUCAAUUCUUUAAAGUAUUGUUUGCUAAUUGCCAAUUUUACACUUGUUGUUGAGUUUAUGUGAUGUCUGCAAUUUUUUUGAUCAAAUUUGUUGAUCCGUCUUUUUGAUUUCGACAUUCAAAAUUUGUCACUUUGUUGUAGAGUUUUUGUCUGAUUUUAAAGACAAGUUUCUCUAAACGGAUGGUCAAUAGAAGCAGUUAAUUUGUUUAUAAUUUUUGAUUAGCUAAUGUUUUGAUUGCGAAGCAAUAAGCAGUAAGCAGGUGCAUGGUGGCCUUUAAAGUAUAGUUGUCAUAAUUCUUCACUGCAAGAUAACGUUGAACUGUAAUGUGUUCAUCUCACCGCAAUUCGAGACAUUCUGUCUCUCUGUGUAGAACGGAAGAAAAUCUGGGUCUAACCCUGUGAUAACUUUAGUCUUAGUGUUUCAAUAUUAAUGAACUUCUGUGCUAUACCAAAGAUAAGUUAGACGAGCUUUCUCCUAUUCUGAUGUGCUGUAGUUUAUAAAGGUAUAAAGAGUGAGGUUUCACGAAAUUUUCUUCUAAUUCUAAUGAUUCUUGGAUAUUUUUGAGAUUGCGUCUUCAUAUAAAUAUUUUGUAAGAGUUGUUUAAUAUUUUCCAUCGUGGAUUCAGAAUAUGUAUAAAAAGCAUUAAAUUUUAGUAAUCGUCAUGACUAUGAAAAAGUCAACAUUCUAGUGCUAAAUUACUUUGCAGAUUUCGUGUAAUCGAAGAACGAAAUUGUUGUCUAUGGCUAAAUGAAGCUAUAUCAUUUUCAAUCAACUCAAUCGGCAUAAUAUUCGUUUAAUUUUAUUUUAAUACUUAUUGAUAUUCAUUCACUAUAAUAUUGGUUCAUUCAUUUAUUGUUCUUCGUAUGAAACUGAAAUCGUUCAAAGCUGAAAUAAAAUAUUUCAUCUCUAUUGCCAAUGCUCUGUUUGGAUCUCUGCAUCUGGGUGCGAUAUUCUGCAUUAUUCAGUAGCUUUUGAUAUUAAUUGAGUUUCUUUAUUCGUGUACAUUAUUUAGGUUUAGCUUAUAUGGUCGUAUUAAACCGGGAGCUUUAUUAACACAGUAAUUUAUUUGUUUCCGUCGUUGCUUUGUGACGGCGAUCACGUAAGGCGACUGUACUACUAAGCUCUAUUGAUAAUAUACCAAUUGUUUGUAUUAAAGAAUGAAUUAAUUUCAUUCCUAAUCGCUCAUUGAAACGGAUGUGCACCAGCUACAGUUUAUGUGCGCUUUUUACAUUUUCACUUAUUUUUGUGAUAACAUAGGAGGUUAAUGUAAUUUCGCAUGCGUUAGCGGCAAUUACAUACUUUAUGUAUGAAAAAUGUUACGUGAAAUCUGUUUUCGUUUUCCUGGAGGUUCCAUUCCUCGUCCCUGAUUGGUGGGUUUAGCUCAGUGGCCGUCAGUGAUUGGCUGACGGAGUUACAAACUCGUAACUGAUUUUGAUAGAGCGGUCCUAGCUCGCCAGUCGCGUCUAACUUACUUGUAUUUCAAUGUAAACUCCCACUAAUGGUUAGCAACUCUGGUGAAAAUUAACUGUUUUUCAUCUAGUUUUGUAGUUUCCUGCAGUACUCGUGUUAUUUUCAUUCAUGAAUGUCAUGUUUCUUCACGUUCAGGAAAACAAUCAAAUGAGUGUUCAAGAACAUUUCCCUUUUCAUAUCUAAGCGUGAACUGUACGAUUUGCGCUGUUGUAAGGAAAUAUUUUCAUCUUUUAUUUACUCCUAAUUGAUUUUCUAGUCACAAAAUAAUCUAAGCCUUUUCGGCUGCUGCCUUUUUAUUAAACCUAAUUGAUUU